UUCUAGGGACAGGAGAACACUGACCUGCAACUCUCAGCCAUACAAAGCAGCGCUUCACUGACCUGGAACCUUAGCCAAGAAAAAUGGCGAACUUCCUUAGUUCCAUCCCUGAGAUUAUAGGCAAAGCCUCUACCACACAGCUACUUGUUGCAUUAGUGACCUUUGCAGUUAUCUACUUACUCCUUAAGUCUUUUAAGCGGAAGAUCCCACUAGGAACAAAGAGUGUGCCAGGCCCAAUGCCCUACCCACUUAUUGGCAACCUCCUGCAGUUGAGCGAGAAUCCCCAUCUUAGUCUGACCAAGAUGAGCGAGACCUAUGGAGAUGUUUUGCAGAUCCAAAUAGGCACAAAGCCUGUGCUGGUCCUAAGUGGUCUGGAAACCCUAAAACAAGCUUUGCUGAAGCAGGGUGAUGUUUUUGCUGGACGCCCAGACCUCUUCACCUUUCGCUUGAUUGGUGAUGGGCAAAGUCUCACAUUCAGCAGUGAUUCAGGAGAAGUGUGGAGAGCUCGUCGCAGGUUAGCAACCAAUGCCCUCAAAACAUUUGCCUCCUCAUCCUCGUCCUCGUCCUCUGGCACAUGCCUGGUGGAAGAGCACAUUGCCAAAGAAAGUGAAUAUCUAAUAAAGAAGUUCCAGGAGUUAAUAGAAGAAAAGGGAGAGUUUGAUCCCUAUAGGUAUGUGGUUGUUUCUGUAGCCAAUGUCAUCUGUGGCAUGUGCUUUGGAAAACGCUACAAUCACGAUGAUGAAGAAUUCCUGAGUGUGGUGAAUCUGACAGAUGAGUUUGGAGCAGCAGCUGCCUCUGGAAAUCCUGCUGAUUUCAUCCCUAUACUCCAGUAUCUGCCUAGUCGCAGCAUGAAAGCCUUUGUGGAUAUAAACAAGAAGUUUAUGGCCUUCAUAAGUAAGAUUGUGCUGGAACACUACAAAACUUUUGACAAGAAUUGUGUCCGGGAUAUUACCGACUCUCUUAUCUACCACUCCCAAGAAAAGAAAGUUGAUGAAAACUCCAAUGUUCAAUUGACAGACCAGAAAAUAGUGAAUAUUGUGAAUGACCUCUUUGGAGCUGGAUUUGAUACAGUUACUACUGCCUUGUCGUGGAGUCUCAUGUACCUUGUAGCCCACCCAGAAAUCCAGGAGAAGAUUCAGAAUGAAUUGGAUCAGGUAAUCGGCAGGGAAAGGAAGCCCAGGUUAUCAGACAGAUCCCAGCUGCCUUACACGGAAGCCUUUAUCUUGGAGAUGUUCCGCCAUUCCUCCUUCCUGCCCUUCACAAUUCCUCACUGCACAACUUCAGAUACUGUGUUGAAUGGAUAUUUCAUCCCUAAGGGAAUAUGUGUGUUGAUCAACCAGUGGCAAGUCAAUCAUGACCCGAAAAUUUGGAAUGACCCGUACAGCUUCAAUCCAGAUCGGUUCCUGAUGGCAGAUGGCACCUUGAACAAAAAUGACAUUGAUAAAGUCAUGGUUUUUGGACUAGGAAAGAGGAGAUGCCUUGGUGAAGCCAUUGGGAGAAUGGAGGUCUUCCUUUUCCUCACAACUUUGCUUCAGCAGAUGAAGUUCUUCAAGCAGGAAGGAGAGAAGCUGGACAUGUCUGCAAAGUAUGGACUAACCAUGAAGCACAAACGGUGCCACUUAACUGCCAAGCUGCGCUUUCCGCUGGUGGCUUCUGGGUAGUGAAUAUAGAGGCAGAUGCCUAUUUGAAGAGCAGGUGUCUAUUUGGACACCCAUAAAACCUGGAUGUAUAUCAGGCUGGGCCAUUGUAUUAAGGCUCCUUCCUCAGUGGUAGACUAAGUAUAUUAUGUAUGCAGUAACCUAAUGUGAAUGCUGAAUUGACGCCUGAAUUGAAACAUUGCUGUAAAUGAUGUUCUAGAAGCUCUGUGAAUGAACAACUAACCAGCAGAAAUUCCCUAUAUAUUACAGAGGGGAAAAUGUUUUCUGACCAAACCUGCUUGGUGUUGAUUGUUGUAUGAAGGAAGCUGUUAUAGCUAUGAACUAAGCUAAUGAACAUUCAGCUGUUAGCAGAAUUAGAUGUAUCUAGUUAACCCAUUUAUCCAUAAUAGCCAAUAUUAUGAUAAUUGCUUAAUUAAGCAGGAAAUUAAAUAUUACUCAGCUAAAUACGUAAUUUUUGUGCUAUGGGAAUAUGAAACGCUGGCAACCAUCUAAAUUAUUAAAAGCAAGGGUUUUUUUCCCAGCAGUGUAUUGAACAUACAAAGCUUUCUGAGUUGUAGUUACACUAUCAACUAUAAUGUGAUGACCUCUAAUAGUUAUCCUGCUGCUCGGACUGGCCAUACCAAACAGAUGUGAUAUAUGAUAUAUUCUCUUCCUACACCCGUAGCAUCUGACUUGAUGAAACUACAGAGGCCGUGUGCUGGAAAGCCAAAAAAAGGCUUUACUAAAAAUCUGCGUUGAUCUGUUUUUAUAGAAAAUUCCGACCAGAGACAAGUGGCCAAGUAGACAUGGGUCAUGAGUCCAGUGGUUCAUUUUCUUUUCUUCGCACUAUUUGUAAGCCUGUUUUAUGUGAAUGAAUGCUAUAUUUUUGUAAUGACAAACCUAAAAUACUAUGAUAUAUAUAUAUAUUUGUAUAAAACUAUAAUCUCUGUGAGAUAAUAAACUAUGAAUGAUUA